AUGAUAUUUUGGUCCGUUCGAAAUUAAGUCCGUUCGGAGUGUAGGAAGGCGAUACAAUGUUCCGCUGUACUUAUUUGAAUAAUUUUUCAGUGUUUGUUGAAAAGGAAGAGACUACAACUGACUGUUUAUUAAGCCUAUAUAUAUUACAUUACAUACUUUUUUAUUUCUAUAUAAUUUCUAUGGAGUCAUUACAUAAUAUAUACUUAUUCUGAAAAACAUAGUAACAAAAAGAUCAUUAAAGAUGUUCUCACACUGCCAUUGUCUUAAUUAGAUGUAAUUACACCAGCUGCUACUGAAAACGUACGUCAGAAAUUAUGUUUAUGAAUUUUCCAGGAUAUUUGAUAAUAGUGCGUUCAAAUGUUAUUAACAUAAUUCUUCUGUGAUUGCACAAAUUAAUGUAUAACCAUAUUUAAAUGUCUUCAAAUGACAAGAAUGCAAACAUAGACCAAAAAAUCACACAACACAAACAAUAAAAAAGCAAAAAAUAAAUUCUAUUUGAAUCACCACCUAAAAUUAAAUUAAAAAUUAAAUCAGUUUCUGAAAAACCUAAACAUCAGUUGGCGGCAAGCGAUGCUUCUAUACAAUACUGACAUGAUAGUUGAGGUAUUUAAAUUUGUGUCCACCUCCUCGUUGUCGUUGGCACGGUAAAAUGAUUUUUUAUAUAUAUAUAUAUAUAAUCGUGAAACGCUUUAUGGAAACACCAACUCUAAAGAUAUUAUUGGAUUUGGAGAUGUCCAUGAAUGCACCACGUACACGCAGGAAUGAUAUGAGCGGAGAGUCCAGCCCCUGGGUGGGGAUUUGUGUGAUUGAUGGUCACCUCCCAGCAGUGCUUCACGGGCUCGCCUCCUCCCCGCCUCCCUCCCCUCCUCUGAGCAGGAAUGUGAGAUCGGGAGUCCGGUCAGUGAGCGAAGCUCCUCUCUGCACCACGCAGGAAUGAGUAAUUGAUGAUCGCUCGAUUAAAUACAUUGAUGAGGAGAAAUUUAUUCGUGUGCGGAUACUGCUGUCACUUUUCUGGAUUUACAGUCUUAACUCGAUCUCAUCUCUUUCCUCUCUUCCUCGACUGGAGAAAAGUUUGCUUGGAGACCCGACACAGCUGGAGUCCGCAGAUGGGAACGACCUCUCGUUGUACAACGAGCGCACCUUAUAUCGGAAGUCUUCCAGCAUGGACAUGAAGUCGCUGAGAAGGUGAAGACUGCAAGUGCUAAAUGCUCACUGCUAGGCUUCCAGCAACAUAGCAACUGCUCAUCUAACUGCUGUCCCUUCAGUGACUGUGUCAACCAUUUGCAGACUGUUUACGAUGGGGUCUAGUCUGACAUGUACGGGUGUUAUCUGGGCCCUGUUGUCCCUGCUCUCUGCUGCUGCCUCCUGCGUUGGUUUCUUCAUGCCCUACUGGCUGCUGGGAACGCAGAUGGACAAGCCAGUAUCCUUUGGCACAUUUCGACGUUGCUCUUACCCAGUGAGGGAUGAGGAGAAGCAGAUCACAGUGAUGCUGGAGCAGUGUGGUCGCUACGCCUCCUUCCAUGGCAUCCCAAGUCUGGAGUGGAGGAUCUGCACAGUGGUGACAGGUGUGGGAUGUGGCCUCCUCCUGCUGGUGGCGCUUACAGCUCUCAUGGGCUGCUGCAUCUCUGACCUCAUCUCACGUACAAUUGGUCGCGUGGCCGGUGGCAUCCAGUUUGUUGGAGGUCUGCUCAUUGGGUCUGGCUGCGCACUCUAUCCAUUGGGAUGGGACAGCGAGGAAAUACAACAGACCUGUAACAACAGCUCAAACCAGUUUCAGCUGGGCUCUUGUCAGAUUGGCUGGGCGUACUACUGCACAGGAGCAGGCGCGGCCGCCGCCAUGCUGCUCUGCACCUGGUUGUCCUGUUUCGCCGGGAAGAAGCAGAAGCAGUACCCGUACUGAGGACAGCAUCUGCGAGACGGGGACAGACCCAGACCUCGAGCGGUACAAUAAAAGGGAGAGGGCUCCGACUCUGUGGAUUCACAUCAGUACAGCACAUCAGGCACCAAAGACACUAAGUCAUUAUGGUGCACAUUGUGGGACUUUACUCAUUUAAUAACUGCAGGGACUCUUUCAUAAUGCAGCACACACACAUGGCUUUGAAAACUGGCUACAUCUCUUAAAAAAACAAAGAUAAAAGCUGUAUGGACCAAUCCUGUUUGUAAAAUUGUUACAUGACUUUUUCUUUAACGAAGUGUUCUCUCUUUUCUGUCUUCUUCUACAGUCAUUGAUGUUUCUGUGAUAGUGUUGCCCUGCAAUGAACAGACAAGUAAUAUUCCCUCAUUAUUACCUGAAAUGUAUCUGCCACCUCUUUGUGUCUCAUUCUUGCCUUAAACACAACCUGAAAUGCAAUAAUCCCUAAAAUGUAAAGCAGAGCCGCACUGACUGCCUGCCUCCUCAACUCAGACUUUUAAAAAAAAAGAUUUAAGCAGAGUUUAUUUAACACAUUCAUAAGAUAUACAUUGUGUAUGGUAAUGUAUUUUAUCAUCUUAUCACAUGUUUUGUAUUCACUCUGAAUAUUCUUGAUCAUUCUUUUUUUGUUUUGUAAAUAAAUGUUUACUGAAAUUCUG